AUGGUGGAGGCACAGUCAUGGACAACUCGCCGGAGCAGCAACCCUAGGUUCGAAACCUCCGUGGACAUCCCCUCCACACCGACCGGAGAAGUUAGAUACGGCACCACGAACAACAUCUUCGCCUCCUUCUCCGCCACAUCAUUCGUAUCUCCGACUAUCCUCACUGCACUCAUUAUCGCGUCAUGGUACCUAUCCAACAUCGGCGUUCUCCUUCUCAAUAAGUACCUCCUGAGCUUCUACGGGUAUAAAUAUCCGAUCUUCCUCACAAUGCUUCAUAUGAUCUCAUGUACUUUCUACAGUCUCAUCGCAAUUCGUUGGUUUCAAGUCGUGCCGUUCCAACAGAUUUUAUCGCGAAAACAAUUUCUGAAGAUCUUCGCCUUAUCUGCUAUUUUUUGCUUUUCGGUUGUUUGUGGAAAUACGUCAUUGAGAUAUCUACCUGUUUCGUUUAAUCAAGCUAUUGGCGCAACUACGCCUUUUUUCACAGCUAUCUUCGCUUUCCUGAUUACAUGUAAGAAGGAAUCUGCUGAAGUUUACUUAGCGUUAAUGCCUGUCGUUUUCGGUAUAGUUUUGGCGAGUAAUAGCGAGCCUUUGUUUCAUUUGUUUGGUUUUUUGAUGUGUGUGGGAUCGACCGCCGGCAGAGCGUUGAAAUCGGUGGUGCAAGGGUUAUUGUUGACUUCAGAUUCGGAGAAGCUCCAUUCGAUGAACCUAUUAUUGUAUAUGGCGCCAAUGGCAGCCAUGAUAUUAUUACCUCUCACUUUGUACAUAGAAGGAAACGUGUUCUCAAAGACAAUUGAUAAAGCGAGAAACGAUUCGUUUAUGGUGUUUUUGUUGAUUGGAAAUGCUACGGUGGCGUAUUUGGUGAACUUGACGAACUUUCUGGUCACAAAACACACGAGUGCCCUGACUUUGCAGGUGCUCGGAAACGCCAAGGCGGCAGUAGCGGCGGUGGUGUCUGUUUUAAUUUUUAAGAAUCCGGUGAAUGUUAUGGGAAUUUCAGGGUUCGCCGUGACAAUAAUGGGAGUGGUUCUUUACAGUGAAGCAAAGAAGAGAUCGAAAGUUACAGCUCAUUGA